AUGGCCCCCGAGGCCGGGGCGCCCUCGCGCGUCCCGCGCCUGCUGCCCUGGGCUGCGCUGCUGCUCCUGGCCGCGCUGCCCCCCGUCGCUGCCUCGGCGGGGGCCCCAGUUGAUCACCCACUGAAGCCAAGGCACGUGAAACUGCAGUCCACUAAGAUGGGCCUGAAAGUCAUGUGGGACCCACCCAAAGAUGCUGCCAGUAGACCCGUGGAGCAUUACAACAUUGCCUAUGGGAAGUCACUGAAAACUCUUAAGUACAUCAAGGUGAAUGCGGAGACAUCCUCCUUCCUUAUUGAGGAUGUGGAGCCGGGGGUAGUAUACUUUGUGCUGGUUACUGCAGAAAACCCCAGUGGAGUGAGCCGUCCUGUUUACAGAGCUGAGAGCGCGCCUGGAGGUGAAUGGAUCAAGAUUGAUGCUUUUCCCAUUAAGGGUCCAGGACCAUUUAAUGAGACCGUCACAGAGAAGGAAGUGCCCAACAAGCCGUUGCGUGUGCGUGUCCGGUCCUCAAAUGACAAGCUGUCUGUGGCAUGGAAGGCCCCACGCCUGUCUGGAGCCAAAAGUCCACGCAGAUCACGUGGCUUUCUUCUGGGCUAUGGGGAGAGUGGCCGAAAGAUGAACUAUGUGCCCCUGACGAGAGAUGAGCGGAGUCAUGAAAUCAAAAAGCUCGCCUCAGAGUCGGUGUACGUGGUCUCUCUGCAGUCCAUGAACUCCCAGGGGCAGAGCCAGCCAGUCUACAGGGCUGCCCUCACCAAAAGGAAGAUCUCAGAAGAGGAUGAAUUGGACGUCCCUAAAGACAUCAGUGUCCGAGUGAUGUCAUCCCAGUCUGUGCUCGUGGCCUGGGUGGAUCCUGCUUUGGAAAAACAGAAGAAAGCAUCAAGACAGUACACCGUGCGCUACCGAGAAAAGGGCGAGUCUGCCAGGUGGGACUACAAACAGGUCGCCAACAGGCGUGCCUUAGUGGAGAACCUGAUUCCAGACACCGUGUAUGAGUUUGCAGUCCGGAUCUCCCAAGGGGAGAGAGAUGGCAGGUGGAGCACGUCUGUCUUCCAGAGAACACCGGAAUCUGCUCCUACCACAGCUCCUGAAAACUUACACGUCUGGCCAGUGAGUGGCAAGCCGACCGUGGUCACCGCCUCCUGGGAUGCGCUGCCCGAGACGGAGGGGAAAGUGAAAGAAUACAUCCUUUCCUACGCCCCGGCUCUCAAGCCCUUCGGAGCUAAGUCCCUCAUCUAUCCCGGGGACACCACUUCUGCCCUGGUGGAUGGCCUGCAGCCUGGGGAACGCUACCUGUUCAAAGUCCGGGCGGCCAACAGAAGAGGCCCUGGGCCUUAUUCCAAAGCUUUCGUUGUGGCCAUGCCAACAGUAGAAGGCGCUGAUGUCUCCCAGAACACAGCUGAAAACUGGAAGCCUGAAAGCCCCCAGCCUCCCUCCUCUCCACCCCAGUCCCCAGCCUCCUCAGGGCACAGCAAUGCCAAGGACCUGCUUCUGGACUUGAAGAACAAAAUACUGGCUAAUGGGGGGCUGCCCAGAAAGCCCCUGCUCCGCCCCAAGAAGAUCCAAGAGCCGGACCCUCAGUCAACAGAAGUCACCCAGGAGGAGGAGGAGCUGGAUUCACUAGAGAACCCCCGGGCAUCACAAGACCAGAGGCAACCUUUGAGGCCAGCAAUUAGACCAGGCCCCUCGGUCCUGGCUCCUGGCAGGACUCCAGCUAGGGCCAGAGUGCCGCUGCCACCCCGACAGGAAGCUGUGGACAGGCGGGGCUCGGCACUGGCCGCCCACCCUGGCCGGGGUGCCCCUCAGCGCCCUACAGCAGGGCCCAUAGCCAACUCUGCCAACAAUGACGCAGUGGACUCGGAUGAGGAUGAGGACCCCAAAGUCAUCUCCUCCCAGCAGCUGCCUCCCAAGAGCCAGGCCCCAGCCCCCGGACGCCAAUCCACUGCCAACGUACCCCACCAGGGUAUGAAACCGGCUUUGCCAGCACGCAGGGUGCCCCACCCAGUGGCUGUGGAGGAAGAGACGAGGCCUGCCUCAAGACCUGCCCUACCUCAUAGGGGUGUGCCCCUGCAAUCCACUGCACCUUCCCCAGUCUCUACACCUUUGCCCUCCAGGAUCCAGCUGUCUAGGGGUGGGGGCGCUCCUGAUGAUGACAACAGCAGGAGGCAGGACCCCACCCUGCGGACCCGGCCAGCCUCUGGACACCUCACUUUGCUCCGAAAUAGGCCCUUUACUGCCCACGGCAGGUUUCCCAACCGACUGGGCAAUGGCCGAGGACUGCGGCUGCAGCCCUCCCGUGCCCCUCCCCAAGCCACCACUGCCUCCACAGAGCAUCCCAGAGUUCAGCCACAGCUAGCCUUGGCUGGCUCAGAAGGGGAGGAUGAGAAACCACUCCCUGCCACUGUGGUCCAUGACCAUGGGUCUUCCUCCUCCAGGCAGCCAGCCCCUCGGGGCUGGGACCCCCUAAGGAGAGGCCCCCAGAGAGGGACCAGCCCUUACCACAAAGAGGCCAUUCCAGAGAGUCCCAAAUCAGCUGGGGCAGUGGAUCCUUCUAGGGAGAAGUCCGCCGUCCUGACCCACAAGACACAGGAGGCUGAGCAAAGCACAGGUGCAGAGGAGGCCAAUUCUCCCAAGGCACGGCCUGGCUCUGCCAGCCACCAGCUGCCUCCUGCCCAGCCACAGCCUGACCACGAGGACAACAGAGCCCAGGCUGGUCGGCCUGACGACGGAGCCCAGCGUGCACGUGCGGGCUCCUUCCUGAGGCCUGGCUGGGCCGGCAGCCCCCAGUCCCAACCCCGACUGCUGGUUCCCAGCAGGUCAGGGGUCCAGGCUGCUCCAGGGAAGAAGGAGGCGCCUUCCAAGAGGCCCCUACCGUCCAAGUCUCAGCAGUCCGUGUCAGCGGAAGAGGAAGAGGAGGAAGAGGAAGGGGAGGAUGUGGAGUACCUAAAAGGGGGAAAGGAAGGCCCUCUGCCUCCCUCCAUUUCUAAGUGGCCCUCUGCUCCUGGCACCAGGGCCAGCAAGUACGCCAAGGACAAGUCUAUGCCUGUAGGCGCCCCCAGAACACCCCAGCCCUCUCACAGCCCUGCGACCAGCGCCCCGUCCUGGCCGAGGCAGCCCACACAUGCGCCACCAAGCUUCUCCUCCACCACGCCCAUGCUCUCGCUGCGCCAGCGGAUGCAGCGCAGGUUCCGCACGCCGCUCUCCCGCCAGCCGCCCAGAACCCCGCAUGCACAAGGUUACAAUGGCAGACCAAAUGUGGACCUGAAAGAACUGCCCGGUAGUAAUGGAAAACCCAACGGACAGAGAAUUAUCAAUGGCCCUCAAGGAACAAAGUGGGUUGUGGACCUUGACCGUGGGUUAGUGUUGAAUGCAGAAGGAAGACACCUCCAAGAUUCCCAAGGGAAUCCCCUGCGGGUCAAACUGGGAGGAGACGGUCGAACCAUUGUGGAUCUUGGUGGGACGCCUGUGGUGAGCCCCGACGGCCUUCCUCUGUUUGGACAGGGACGACAUGGCAAGCCACUGGCCAGCGCCCAGGAGAAGCCCAUUUUGAGUCUUGGAGGGAAACCUCUAGUGGGCUUGGAAGUCAUCAGAACAACCACCCUUCCCCCCACCACAAUGUUGCCCCCAACCACAACUACCACCCCUCUGCCCACCACCAUCCCACAGCCAAUGACCACCACCACUACUACCCGCCGCCCUACCACCACCACCACCACCACUCGCCGCCCCACCACCACCACCACUCGCCGGACCACCACCACCCGCCGCCCAACUACGACCACUACCACCACCACCACCACCACCACCACCACCACCCCUGAACCCACCACCUCAGCCCCCACCUGUCCCCCUGGCACCCUGGAACAGCACGAUGAUGAAGGCAACUUGAUAAUAGGUUCAAAUGGGAUCCCGGAAUGCUACCCUGAAGAAGAUGACUUCUCGGGCUUGGACACGGACACGGCUGUUCCCACAGAGGAAGACUACGUGGUAUACGAUGAAGAUUACCAGCUGGAGACCUCAACGUCACCAACCCCCACAAAACCCACAACCACAGCUGCCACCCCGAAGGUCGUCCCAGAGCAAGGCACCAUCCUAUCGUUUCCUAAAGAGGAGUUCGAUCUGGCUGGAAAGAAGCGAUUUGUCGCUCCUUAUGUGACGUACCUAAGUAAAGACUCAGCAGCUCCAUGCUCUCUGACGGAUGCUCUGGAUCACUUCCAAGUGGAAAGCCUGGAUGAAAUCAUCCCAAAUGACCUGAGGAAGAAUGACCUGCCCCCUCAGCAUGUCCCCAGAAACAUCACUGUGGUUGCCAUGGAAGGCUGUCACUCAUUUGUCAUUGUGGACUGGGACAAAGCCAGCCCUGGAGACGUGGUAACAGGGUAUUUGGUGUACAGUGCAUCCUAUGAGGACUUCAUCAGAAACAAGUGGUCCACACAAGCCUCUUCUGUGACUCAUUUGCCCAUUGAGAACCUGAAGCCAAACACAAGGUAUUAUUUCAAAGUUCAAGCCAAAAAUCCACAAGGCUAUGGACCCAUCAGCCCAUCGGUCUCAUUUGUCACAGAAUCAGAUAACCCUCUGCUCGUCGUGAGGCCCCCAGGUGGCGAGCCCAUCUGGAUACCAUUUGCUUUCAAGCAUGACCCCGGCUACACAGACUGCCAUGGGAGACAAUAUGUGAAGCGGACGUGGUACAAAAAGUUUGUAGGAGUUGUUCUUUGUAAUUCACUGAGGUAUAAGAUUUACCUUAGUGACAACCUGAAAGACACGUUCUACAGCAUUGGAGACAGCUGGGGAAGAGGUGAAGACCACUGCCAGUUUGUGGAUUCACACCUUGAUGGGAGAACGGGGCCUCAGUCCUACGUGGAAGCCCUCCCCACCAUUCAAGGCUACUACCGCCAGUAUCGCCAGGAACCAGUCAACUUCGGCCAGAUCGGUUUUGGAACCCCCUACUACUAUGUGGGCUGGUAUGAGUGUGGGGUUGCCAUCCCAGGAAAGUGGUAAUCCCUGGAGCCAUGGUCCUGCAAGUUCAACCGUCCAGUCCUGGCCUGCCAGCCGACUCAUCCCAGGCACUGUGAGCAAGAGAAAGACAGUCACACACUCCGCCACCCCUCUGCUCCUGGCUGGCGGGGAGGCCAUGGGAUGAACACUGGACGAUUUCAUCAUCUUAAGUCUGGAACUCAGUCCCACUUACUGACCUUGACUGUGAGCAGGACAUGGCCUUGCCAUUCACUAUGCGUGUCAUGGUUUCUGUCUGUAGUGGUACAACCAGAGUCAUCACCAAGUAACCACUUUCCAUGACUCACAGACUAAAUUAUGGUCACAGAGUGUGGGCACUCGGACACCUCCAGGGAACAGCAGAGCCGUGCCAUGUGCUUUCUAUGUUGCUUGUUUUGGACACUCCCAAGCCAGCCCAUUUUAAGCUUCAGAUCUCUAUGUAUGCAGCAGAACCAAGUUACUAAGAACACCGCCCAAAGAACCACAGCCUACCUGAAGUUUAUUCUGUGGACUUGCCCACUGCUAGAGAAUAUCUAUCGUGUUGUUUGUCAGUUCUCAAAUGUGGUCUAUAUGUAUAUAUGCAUAUACAUAGGCACCCUGGUCUGCAAGACUAUUGAUUAAAAUGGCUAUAUUUGUACUUUGUUCACG